AUGGAUUCUAAAACUAACUUAAUUUUACUAACAAUAGUUAUAUGUAUAGUAGCAACAGUUGCUCAAAGAAAGACCUAUGAAGGUUACAGUGUAUAUAAACUAACACCAAGAUCAGAAAAUGAUUUGAUAGUUUUGAAGAAUUUACAGAAAAGUGGAGUAGGAGAAUUCUGGGAGGAUCAAUUUUAUAUAAAUUAUGAAAUAAGAUUUAUGGUGCCUGGACAAAAUAAAGAUAAGUUUUAUGAGAUAAUAAACAAAGCUGGAAUUGAAGCUAAAGUAGCUAUAAAGGAUAUGCAAAGUGCAAUAGACGCCCAAUUGAAUCCGAUAAAGCGGAGUGCAGAAACUUCAUUUCUUUCAAUGAAUUGGAACCAAUAUCAUAGUCUUGAAGAAAUAUAUGAUUGGCUUGAUGAGGUAGAGAGAAACUACAGCAAUGUGGUAACAGUAGUUAAUAUGGGUCAAUCUGUUGAAAACAGAACAAUUAAAGGUAUCAAAAUAAACUACCGUCCUAAUAGUGAUGGGAAUAAUACAAAUAAAGUAAUAGGAAUGCUACAAGGUACAUUGCACGCUAGAGAAUGGAUAACCGCUAGUGUUGUAACGUGGAUUAUAAAAGAAUUUUUAACCAGCACUAAUACUGAAAUUAGAUCGAUGGCAGAGAAUAUUGAAUGGCACUUAUUCCCUGUUGUUAAUCCAGAUGGAUAUGUAUAUACGUUUAGCACUAAUAGAAUGUGGAGAAAAAAUAGGAGUAGAUACAACUUUACAUCUUGCGCAGAGUCUGGUGUUUCAGAUGACAUGAGUAAUGGAGUUGAUCUGAACAGGAAUUUUGAUUUCGCAUGGAUGCAAAUUGGUGCUACUGAUGAUCCAUGUUCUAAUCUUUUCGCUGGACCGGCGCCAUCUUCAGAACCCGAAACCAGGGCUAUAUCUCAAUAUGUCUUAAAUCUCAAUAAUCAAGGUCGUUUCCUGUAUUUCAUAGAUUUUCACUCAUACACUCAACUCGUAGUUAUACCAUAUAGUCACGUGAACAGAACUGGUGAAAUGCCUAGCAACUUUGACGAUAUGUAUCAAAUAGCAACUAAUGGUGCCGAAAAACUUAAGGAAAGAUUUGGAACUACUUACAGAGUGGGGGUUUCUGCUGAUAUUUUAUCCAGUAAGGCUUAUGUUAGUUAUGAAAAUUAUAAAGUGUAUAAAGUUGUACCGGAAACAGCAAAGCAAGUGCAGAUUUUAACAGAUUUACGUAAAGAGCCACAUUAUAAUUUUUGGACGGAUAUAAUAAAUAUUGGCGAAGAUGUAAAGAUUAUGGUAUCGCCAAGUCAAGAUGAAGAACUUGCUAAGUAUCUUCGUAGCGUUGAAAUGGAUCCAGUUCUUGCUAUAUCUAACGUUCAAGACUUAAUUCGUGCACAAAUGAAACCAGCCAAUGGGAUUUCAAGAAGUAAUCAACUUGGCUCUAUGAAUUGGAAUCAAUAUUUUACUUUAGCACAAAUCUACGCCUGGCUUGAUGAGCUGCAAAAUUUAUACCCUAGCACCGUAAGAACAGUAAUUGCCGGAAGAUCAAACGAAGGGCGGGAUAUUAAAGGAGUGAUUAUAGAUUUCAAGAACGGUACAAGAGGAUCUAACCCCCUAAUUGGUAUGAUAGAAGGUGGUAUUCAUGCCAGGGAAUGGAUCUCACCAGCUACAGUUACUGGAAUUAUCAAAGAAUUUUUAACUAGUGAUGACGCUGAUGUUAGACAUCUCGCAGAAACUUUUGUUUGGCAUAUAUUCCCUGUAAUAAACCCUGAUGGCUAUGUUUACACGUUUUCAGACAAUCGAAUGUGGAGAAAAAACCGCAAUACCGCACACAACACGAAUUGUUCUCUUUCUAACGACAGAAGCAAUGGUAUUGAUCUCAACAGAAAUUUCAACUACUUAUGGAUGACAAUUGGAGCUUCUUUAGACGCUUGUACAGAAACCUUCGCUGGUCCACAUCCAGCAUCUGAACCUGAAACUAUAGCCAUAUCUAACUACGUCUUAGGUUUGAAGAAUAGUGGAAAUUUGCUUUAUUACUUUGCUUUCCAUUCAUACUCACAGAUGACUCUCAUACCGUAUAGUCAUCUGUCAGGUGAUCGAGUUCUAGAAGUUCCGAACUAUGGGGAUCUCGUAAAUGCUGUAUCGGGCUCUAGUUUUGAUUGGGUGAAAGGUGUAGCGGAUGUGCCUAUAGUGUAUCUAUUUGAACUCCGUGACGUUGGUGACUACGGAUUCCUUUUACCUCCAGAAGAAAUUAUACCGAACAACGAGGAAAUUAUGGCAUGUUUAGUAGAAAUGGACAAAACUGCAAUGAAAUUAAGAUACUAUCAAUCUGCAGGAUCUAUGGGUUUAGCAUCCAUGGCGUCUUUGAUAAUGGGUGUUUUCUGUUUGAUGAUUGUACAA